GCCAAAGACGCCAGUUGACAUUGUUUCAGGUGUUCGACCUUUUUUAGAAAAUUAUUAUUGUUAAUUUUUAACAAUACUGCAAUCAAUUAUUAUUCACAAUGCCUUCAAGAAGUGAAGAUAUUCUCAAAGGCUUUCAAGUUAAUUGGAUGAAUUUAAGAGACGCAGAUAGUGGAAAAAUUUUAUGGCAAGGAAAUGAAGAUUUGUCAGUUCCUGAUGUCGAACAUGAAGCUAGAGUACCCAAGAAAAUUCUCAAAUGCCGUGCCAUCUCACGAGAAAUAAAUUUCAGCUCCGCUGAACCCUUAGAGAGAUUUAGACUUGAACAAAAAGUCUUAUUCAAAGGAAGAUGUUUAGAAGAAUGGUUCUUUGAGUUUGGGUUCGUCAUUCCUAAUAGUACAAAUACUUGGCAAAGUCUUAUUCAGGCUGCUCCUGAAAGUCAAAUGAUGCCAGCCAAUGUUCUAAAUGGAAACGUAGUAAUAGAAACCAAAUUUUUCGACGAUGAUUUACUGGUCUCCACGAGUCGAGUUCGACUUUUCUACGUUUAAUGAAAAAUACAAAUUUGUAUCAAAACUUCGUAAAAAAAUUACGACUAAGAAAACGGAGAUGUUAUUAGACUAAUAAUUUAUUUAUUUUAAUAAGCACAACUCGGCUGGUGUGAUUGCAUUUAUAAAUAUAAGCACUUAUUAAUUUUAUUUAUAAGUAUUAAGAAUGUAUAAUAUAAAUUGCUAUUGAUGAGAAGAUAAUUGUAAGAAUAAUGUUAGUUAGUUCAAAUGAUUGUUCACCGAUAACAGUCUUUGUUAA